CUUCAGUUCAUCUCAAUUCAGCUUUUACUGAGAGGACGAUAAACACGGCUUCACCCUCAAAGCGCUUACGGCUCUACGUGCACGUUCUCCGGGGAUUGCCAAGGGAUUUCAAUGUUUGGCCCGUUCUUUCAUUUCUGUGUUGAUUUGGAUCACACAUAUAUGGCGUUUGUGACCAUCUGCGGAGAGUUCUGCCAGGCUCAGCACCUCACCUUUGUGGACAAGUGAAUUGUUAGCCACCCGUGGGACUACGCUACCCAGAAGCCUCCUUGACAGCCAGCACACUGGGCCCAGUCUGUCUCUUCUAUACCCUUUUGGGAUCCCGUGUAGUCCUCAAACACGUCCACCUCACUUCCUCCCUACAGCUUUUUCUCCCUGUAGCCAAUCAGAAACUCUUCUCCUGAAUGGGACGUCUUGCCAACAUGAACCGCCCUGCCGCUGUUGAGAUUUCCUAUGACUGCAUGAGAUUCCUCAUCACACACAACCCCACCAACUCCACUCUCAACAAGUUCACUGAGGAGCUGAAGAAGUUUGGGGUGAACACACUGGUGAGAGUAUGUGAAGCAACUUAUGACAAAGCACCAGUGGAGAAGGAGGGCAUACAGGUCCUGGACUGGCCCUUUGACGACGGAGCUCCGCCCCCAACCCAGAUUGUAGAUGAUUGGUUAAACCUGCUGAAGACUAAGUUCAGAGAGGAGCCAAAAUGCUGCAUUGCUGUUCACUGUGUUGCAGGAUUGGGCCGAGCACCUGUACUGGUGGCUUUAGCCUUAAUUGAGUGUGGAAUGAAGUAUGAAGAUGCGGUGCAGUUUAUAAGACAGAAGAGACGUGGAGCCUUCAACUCCAAGCAGCUUCUUUACCUUGAAAAAUACAGACCCAAGAUGCGUCUGCGGUUCAAGGAUCCCAACGGUCCCAACUGCUGUGUCCAGUAAUGCGUCAUUCUGUCAGUCAUACAAAACAACAGUGGGAAGUUGAACCAGGGUAAAGGGGAUCAAAAGCUGUGGGUUAUAAUUGUGGUGAUUUUAUCAAAUGAAUCAUGGCUAAUCGAUCACAGAGAUGUAAUGAAUGAAAGCUGAUCUAUGGAUUCACCAGCAGUAUCAAUUAGAAGGGUCAAAGCACACAGAUGAGCCCACAACCUGGUUGGUUAACCAGCAUUAACAGUCAUGGGCAAGAAUUAUACACAAGUUCCCCUGAUUUCCCAAAUUUCCAAUCAUUGGAUGACUUUUUAUUUUGUGUUAUUUCGGAACAAGUACUUUGAACCAUGAUGAAAAGAUUUACAUUUGCUGUCAUUGUUGAUUUUUAUUAAGACUUUUAUUGUUGGGCAUGUUCCUUUUAUCUUUCUUUUUUUUGUAAUUAUUACCACACACAAUAGCCAAUUUUGUUACAGAAACCACUCUGAAGUAUUUUUGCACAAAACAACAUUUUUAAGAAGUUCCUCUCCAAUGCAGCAAUUGCCCCCUUUGAAAUCACUUUUAAUUUAGGGUUAGCCUAGGUUUCAAAUAUGUCAGCUGUAUUUAUUCACUAUAAUUAGUGUGUCUUGUCAGGAGUGUGGGUGGGGUUAGGACACUUUUUUUCUUUUUUUCGUGAAGCCAUGUUAUUUUCUCUAGUUAUCUUUAUCUCUGGGGAGUGCAAUAUUUAGUCCAGCUUAGAAAAGCCCUCACCCUUAGGACCGUCCUACAUCCAAAUUCAAAUACAGGAGGAUACUUGGCUUGUCUUAGGUACUCACUUUCUAUAGCUGGUUUUUGCUGGCUGCUCAGUAAAAAACUUUUCUUGUUGGCCUGGCUGUGACACCCACACAUAAUGUGUACACUUUAUCCGUCACCCUACUGUUCAGCCCACAGACACACUGAAGGAAGUGAGAGACAGGAGACUGGUCAGCUCUGGGUUUAUUUAAUGAUUUUUUUUUUUUAUUGUUUUAAUCACAGUGCCCAAUUUGAAAACACACCCCCUCUUCAUCUUGCUUUGAAGACAAAUAAAUGAAUUUAAAUUGAUUCUGGCCUAUUUUCAUUGUGUGUUCUUUCCUGUAAUAUGUUAGCUAUUUAUUGUGCUUGGUAGAUGAGUCACUUCGUGAUGACUGAUGUUUACGGCCAUCUUCAAGAUAACAUCUGAAAUGAUGGGGGAAGAUAAUGUGAAUGAUAAUUUGGCAAAAGUGACAUGUACUGCCACCUGCAACUGAAAGAGAAAUCAAUCAGUGUUUAAAAUUGCUGUCCUAUAAAAAAAGAAAGGUGAAAAAAAA